AUGUAUCAGGAAAAUGAAGUAUGGAAAGAACAACUACAAGUUAUGCAGGAAGAAAACAUGUCUGGCUCGUCGGAUGCUUUCAACCCUUGUUUGAUGCCGAAUUUAAUGUUACUUUCAAAGCUCAAAGUUCCAAAUUUUGAGAAAUUUAGUGGGUCCGAAUGUUCGCUAGCUCACUUGGGGGUGUAUUUACAAAAGAUGGCUGCACAUUGUGGCGAUGAUAAUCUGCUUAUCCAACAUUUCCAAGAUAGCUUGACUAGGGAAGCCUUAAGAUGGUAUCGAAUAAAGAUUCACACAUGGGAUGAUGUAGCUUGCGCUUUUAUCACUCAGUACAACAAUGAUAUAGCUUCAAACAAGUUAACUUUACUGAAUAUGGGGAAGAAGGCGAGUAGGUACUCUCAUGAUCAAGAUGAAAAUAUGUCAGCACAGAGUUAUCCUCAGGUUGAAAAAGGAAAAGCUGUCUGUUUAUUUGAUGACUUUUUCAAGGAUCCGUGUUUUGACCACCCUAUUGAAGGUAUCUCUCAGAAUUUUGCUGACUUAAGAAUUACUGGAAAGGAGGUUAAAGGAGCGGUCAAAAUAAAAGAUGUGCAAUAUACAAUGCCAGAACAAAGUUCUUUGAAAGGGGUUGAAAAAAAGAAACAAAGGUGA